AAUUUUUUUUGUAUCCUAUUGCAUUUUUUCGUAUUGCUUUCUUUAUGUAUUUAUUACGAAAUUCUAAUAGGAAAUGAUAGACAUCAUCAUAGUUUAACAAAUUACAAGGUCCAUUUCUCAUGAUGGACCUGCAGUAUGAUCAUAUAUAUUGGAAAACAAAGAAACCCGGUUUCCUUCCUUUUCGAAUAUCAAAUCCGGAAAUAGCAGUUACUGUGGGGUGCCAGCAGGAAAUACAGUACCGGCUGGCGAUUUUCAGAUUUCCAAGUGGCUGUGCCCCCCCUACGUGGAACCUUCUGAUCCCUCUCCUCAUCCGACGUGUGCGCCACCUGACCCCACCUCCUCACCCCCAAAGCGCGUCGCUGCAGGCCAUCACGUGUUAUUUCCCCCCUCCGCCUUCAAUUAAACAAUUGCGAAAUCCCAGGUUUGACCUUUCCUCACCUCGUCCCGCCGGACCCACCCGUAUCCUCCCCUUCUCCUCCUCUGUCUGUCACACGCACGCGGCGCCUCUCCUCGAGCUCAACACCCCAAUUUGACCACGUGACCGUAAUCCACCUCCGCACACCGGUGCCUAUUUAACCCCGCGUCCCAACACUUCCCAGCAAACAACCCCCGCUCCCUCCACUCCGUGUCUCCCUCUCUCGCCGUCGCACUCGCACUCACGCCGCCACCGCCGCGUUGUGAUCGAGCCUGUGGAGCGGCGAGCGAGGCCGGAAAUGCAGAUGGACUCCUAUUUGUACGCCGGCUUCUUCCACGACGAGGCCGCGUUCUACCCGCAGGGCGCCGUGCCGCCCUCCCCGGAGCUGCCCUUCGGCCUCAUUGCCUCGCCGGGGGAGCCCGCGCCGCCCUUCCAGCCGCCGGAGGCGCCGAGGCCCGCCGCGUUCCAGGACUACUCCGUGGCGGAGCCGGAGCUGCUGGCGCAGGCCGUGGGCGCCGGAGAGCCACACUACGGGAGCUCGGGCCCGAGCGUGAACAUGCGGGUGGUCGACGCGCUGGGCGGGGACCCUGUGCAUGAUCAGACAAUGGGGGAGGAGUGGGAGGAGGAGCCGCGGCGGCAGCGCCAGCAGCAGCAGCAGCAGCCGGCGGGCGCCGCCGUGGAGAGCAGCCGCGGGUUCCGGCACAUGAUGCGGGAGCGGCAGCGGCGCGAGAAGCUGAGCCAGAGCUACGCCGACCUCUACGCCAUGGUCGCCGCCCGGUCCAAGGGCGACAAGAACUCCAUCGUGCAGUCCGCAGCGAUCUACAUCCACGAGCUCAAGGGCGCGCGGGAGCAGCUGCUGCGGCGGAACGAGGAGCUCAAGGCGCGGAUCCUGGGCCACGACGCGCGGCAGCAGUGCGUCAAGGUGCAGUUCGAGGUGGACGAGCCGGCGUCGGCGAUCGACUCCAUGAUCGGGGCGCUCCGGCGCCUCAAGGGCAUGGACGUCAGGGCUAGGGGCAUCCGGUCCACCAUGUCCGGACGCAGGCUGUGGACGGAGAUGAAUGUCGAGACCACGAUUGCGGCCGGGGACGUGGAAAAGGCCGUGGAGGAGGCUCUGAUGCAGGAAGUGGAGAGGAACCAGCCGCAGCCGCAGCCUGCGGAGGCCGGCAGUGGCGGCGGCGGCCCAGGCCUUCCGGGAACCAGCGCCGGCGCCAGGGGGUGGGGCCCACAGACGUCUCCGCACGUGCAAAACGUGUUUCGACUCAUGUGAUGGGACCCACCCGCCUCUCUCAAAGCAUUGAGCACGGAUCAGAGGCCCCGUUUGUUUGUUCAUUCUUUCGCGCAAAAUGGAGCAGAGUGACGAAUCGCCACGUGCCGGAAUCCUGGCUCUGUUUGUUGCUUUGUCUUAGUACAAGUCGCUGUUGUUUAGGAGAACGUAUAGUAUACAAUCUCAGCUUGCGAUCGGGCAUUUGAGCACGUGAGAAAUCGUAAGAAGCUUUUAAGUUCUGUUUAUUAAACAAGGGACGGAAAGAGACGUGGAGGCUGGGAGUCAGCUGGGAGUGAUCAAGUAGGGUCCGGAGGAAGCCGGCGAGGAGGGAGAGGUCAAGAAGAACCAAGGGGGGCACCGGGCACGUUUUGGUCGUGCCUGCCCGUGUUGCGCUGUAGAUCUUGACUCGAGGCUGCAGCCCGUGGUUUUUUACUACACGUCGCCGUUCACUUGCACACGUAGUGGACGGGCAGUGUACUGGUAGUUUCUCGCUUUCAGCCGGAGCUAUCGGUCGGCGUCAGGGGCCCCUUGUGUCAGCGUCAUGCUUAGUUUGACUCCCAAGGGGAACUGUUUGGCCUGGUUUACUUCCUGGA